AUGAAGUUUAUCCACCUCUGCGCGCUCUUGAACCUGCCUCUCGCUCUGGCCUUUGACCCAAAUUACACGGCUGGCAUUACGCCCCCAUACCUGGUCUACCUGAAAUCCAACUACCUGCCCUGCACGGGAGCCCUGAUCCACCCGCUGUGGGUGAUUACAGCGGCGCACUGCAAUCUGCCGAGACUUCACGUGGUAUUGGGGGUUACAAACCCGUCAAGCCUCACGGAAGAAAAUGUCCAAGUCGUUGGCUACGAGAAGAUGAUCUAUCACCCGUACUUCUCAAUCACUUCUGUGGAGAAUAACCUCUUGUUAAUCAAGCUGAAAAGAUAUAUUCAACUCGAUGACCACGUGAAGCCGGUCGGCCUGCCCAGUGAACCUGCCCCUGAAGAAGCCAUGUGCACCGUCUCCACCUGGGCCUUCAGCUUGUGUGAUGUCUCCAAGGACCCCGACUCGCUGCAGAAUGUGAACAUCUCCGUGAUCUCCAAGCCCCAGUGCCAGGACGCCUAUAAAACCUACGACAUCAAAAGCAGCAUGCUGUGCCUGGGCAUUGUGCCGGGGAGAAGGCAGCCCUGCAAGGAAGUCGCGGCUGCCCCAGCCGUCUGCAACGGGAUACUCCAUGGAAUCCUGACUUUUGCAGAUGGGUGUGUUUUGAGAGCAGAUGUCGGCAUCUACACCAAAAUCUUUCACUACGUGUCCUGGAUUGAAAAUACAAUCCGAAACAACUGA